AACACAAGACCUUCUCCGCCUCGUGGCAAAAGCACAAAAUUCCAUCUCCGCCGAAGAAAUUCAUGGACGGGAUCGCUUUUCUAGCGACGGCAAUGGUGGUUAUUAGCCCCGAGCUCAAGCACGAACUCUCGAGUUGAUCGGUUUGAAUUAGUAACGCGCAGAAGGAGCUCCUUCCUUCCUAGGCAUCGGGAGGUUGGUCGCUCUAUUAUAGCACCGACGAUUGCUUUGACGCUGGGAAAGUGUUUGAUGAUUUGCUAAUUUCGAUCGGCGAUUGCUGAUCUGUGUUCAUUUUGGGAAAUUUUUUUGGGGUUUUGUGGAAUUUCAGAGUUACAGAGAGAGAUGGAGCUGUAGUGGUUACUGGGCAGUUGUUUGAGGUGAGGUGAGGCGAGGGAGGAGAAAUUUCGGUUUUGCUUUUGCUUUUUUUGGAGCGAUGCCAUUCCAGAUGAAAGUUCAGCCGGUCGACGCGAGAGGAGGAGCGGCUGGGAUCGACCAGUCGAAGCCCGCGGCGAAGUCCCGGCUGAAACGUCUCUUCGAGCGGCAGUUGCUGAGGAUCUCCGCGCCGGAGAAGCCCGGCGAUGGGAGGGAGAGGGAGCGGUCGGACGACGGCGGAGAGGUCGAUCCGAGCUCCGUCUGCUUGGACAAGAUGGUGCUCAGCUUCAUGGAAGAAGGAGGCGGCGAGCGGGCGCCGCGCGGCCGGUGUAACUGCUUCAACAGCAUCUACGAUGACAGUUCCGAUGAUGAUUUCAGUGGCGGAGACCAUCCGCCACCGGCUGACGCCGCUGAGUUUAUCAAGGGUUUGAUCCUUUGCGCGAGCAACGCCGAGAGGAAUCUCUUGGCCGAUUCGUCGAAGAUCAUGGACAAAACGAAGAAUUCGAAGGGCAAGGGCGAAUGCCGGAGGAUCCUCGUCGAAGAGCUGCAAUCGCUCGGCUACGACGCUGCCAUUUGCAAGUCCAAGUGGGAUAAAUCUUCCUCUUUGCCUGCCGGUGAGUACGAUUACAUCGACGUGGUGGUCGACGGCGGCGAGCGCCUCCUGGUCGACGUCGACUUCCGGUCGGAGUUCGAGAUCGCCCGGUCCACCAAGUCGUACCGCGCGAUGCUCCAGCACCUGCCGCCCCUCUUCGUGGGCCGGCCAGACCGAAUGCUGCCGAUCGUGGCCGUCGUCUCGGAGGCUGCGCGGCAGAGCCUGAAGAAGAAGGGCCUCCACGUGCCUCCCUGGCGGAAGCCGGACUACAUGCGGGCCAAGUGGCUGUCCCCCUACACUCGCACUGCCGCCCACGGCAGCGGCGCAGGGGAGGACAUUACCGUCCUCACGACUUCGUCCCUACGACCAACCACCGAGCCCAAGGCGGCCGGCAACGCCUCGGAACCGAUGGCGGAGCCCUGGCAACCGCCGCCUGCGAGGCCGAGAGCGGGAGUUAAGGUCGUCGCCGGCUUAACGGCGGUCCUUUGAGAAGCCUUUAAUUAAUAUAUAUUUUUUUGUUAAAAAUAUAUUUCUUUCUUUUUUUUAAUCAAGAGUCUAAAUCAUCGUUAGGCUUCA